UACAUUUAGAAGCAAAACAAUAUGCCAAGCAUAUAUACUUGGCCCUGUUGUCACUACUUAAAUGAUAAAAGAAUUUGGCUCUAUGGGCAGCUUAAACUUUUUGCAUCUGGGCUAUUAUUCAUUGAAGACACAAAGAAUGUUAUUUCAGAAGAACCAAAAAAGUUACAUGUUUCAUUUCUACACAUUGUUGAAAUCAAGAAAUCUCGAAGUACAUUACUAUAUGGAUGCAUUGUGGUAAAGAUAAACGAGGAAAACCUUUGGUUUUCAUCAUUCCAGCAAAGAGAGAAUGUUUUUAAUAUCCUGGAACAUUUUUGGAAGGAGCAACUUUUCAGUGAAGAAACCACCGAUAAAAAAUUUAGUUGUUACGAUUUGCAGCUACUAAAUAACUGUACAUAUUUGAUUUUGAACAAUAAAAUUGAGCCUUUAUUUGCACCAUAUUCUCAAAAUAGUAUAAUGACACAACAGUUUAUUUUAGUUAUAAAACCAGCUAAUCACGUUUAUUCCUUUAUUAAUCCACAAAACCUGCUUUCAAUAAAAUUCAAAAUAAAAACAAAACAAUGGGAUAGUACAACAAUUGGAAUAUUAAAUAUUGUGGCACGUCUGCAGCCUAUCUUUAUAUCAGAGAAUGUUGUUCAAAUUAAUAUUUUUUCUCAGUUGGAAAUCUUCAUUUGUGUUGAUACGUUUGCACAUAACAUACUUGUGCAGAUAGGAGCAAUAAGAAUUUGUUCUACGGCUUUGGUCGAUAGAACUACAAAAUGCGCUUCUUUUUUGUCGCAGUAUUUAUUUCAGAGAUUAGUAAUGCAUGGAAGGCAUAAAACUUAUGUAAGUAUUUUGUUUUUUAGGAAUCAGGAAUUGCUGCAAAUUGUGUAUGACACGCAGAAUACUCUUAUGGGCGCUGCACAGACGUUGCAUGCGCAAGGCCAACAAAUAUCUCGCACAUCUCAUAACAUGAAUAUGAUCCACAACGAUAUCACUGUCGCUGAAAGACUAACAUCAGACAUUGACUCGUGGUUUGGCGCGUGGAGAUUAAAAUUGCCCAUGAAGAAGACAAAUGCGUUACCUGCAAGAAUUGAAAGUCCUAUUUCAACGGACAGUAUUGAAUAUCCUGUUUUAAUCAGUGAAAAGUCAAAUGAAAAUCACACGAAGGGUCAUCUUGUGCUAAGAAAGGAAAAUCUGGAAAUUUUAGGAUCUAAUUCAGAAAUUCUUUUUAAUUUUAUAAUUAAGCAGAUAUCAGAGAUCAACGUUCAUUCACCUUGGGAUGUGAGCUUCGUUAGACAUUGCAUUGGUAGCUAUGACACUGUUGUACAUAUCACCUCCAAAAAAACGCCGAUGAUUUUGAAAACUUUAGAAAAGGUUUAUAAAUGUGAAUUCUAUUAUGAUGAUCCUCCAAUUGAGCAGGAUACUGAUUUGGAUGAAAUGUUAAUUAACAAAAGCUCUAUUGCUUCGAAAGAAAUAGACACAAAUAAAGCCGUACUGCUUCAAACUGGUCAACAGCAAAACCUCUCAUCAACACGUGACAAACAGAAGCCAGUCAGUGAUGAAGACGCUAGAGAAUUAUCUGCAGUCUUGAAUAAUAUCAAAACUCUUGCUGAGAACAUUAGUAUCGAGCAGGAUGCUCAAAUCAAGCAGAUUGAUGAGUUGACAGUUUCUGUUGACAAAGCAAACACAAGGAUUAAAGCAACGGACUGGAAAGUGAAAAAAUUAACGUGAAUGUUUUCUUGCAACUCGAAAGACACUGCUGCUACUCGAAAACUCUCUACUAACUCGAAAGUUCAAUACCACCCAAAGGUGAGCACAGACAUUUCCUACAGAACAAGAGUAUGUUGUUUUGACUGGUGAGAGCAGAAACGUACAUUAAGGAAAAUAAAUUUCGCGGAAAAAUAUUUUUUGCGAAUUUUUAAAGAAUGAUUUACACUAUUUAUUUAUUUAAAUUUACCUUUAACUUCAGCACUCUUGAUUUCAUAUUUUCUACAUAAAAGCCCUUAGAAAUCGGCUUGAAUUGAGAAACAAAUCCUGUCAUUAAAUCCUUUUUUCGCGAAAUUCGUGGAAUUUAAUUCUCGCGAAAUAUUAGGCUUUGUCAACUUCGCAAAAAUUAGUUCUCGCGAAAAUUAAAUUUUAUUUUCAAAACAAUCUCUCGCGAAAAUAAGCUCUCGCGAAAAUUGAUUAGCUUGAGGUAGUUAAAUUUUAUUAAAUUUUUGCCACAUCACACUGAUCUUAUUAUUUUUUUCUACAAAUCACAAUGGUAGUUUUUAUAGCUUCUGAUGAAGUAACUUAAGCGUAAACCGUGCAAGUUGAGGACUACAUACAAUGUUUUAACAGUCUUUCUAAUUCACGACACUCGACAAUUGCUGACGCGAAAGCCAACGUGUUGGCAAAGCAGGCAGGCAAAUAACAUAUCAUGUCAGCAAUUUUUUGCCGAUGCCAAGUUUUCUUGUUUGAUAUGUUUUAUAUCUGGUUGACAGCUACUAUAAAAUACCAAAAUUAUGCGCAACCCUUGUUACGUGCACUCAAGCCUUACCAAAAUAUUCAUUCAUGUUCAUAAAACACAGUCAGUGAAAGGUACGUUCAGGAUAAAAAUCUUUUUUAGGUGAGCAGGUUUUGUUUACAAGUGCUAUGCUUUUUGAUAUUUUCCUGACUGUUGGUUCAACAGCGGAUAAAAACUAAGGUCUCGUACAAAAGGAAAACACGUCAUUAAAAAUUGUCUCCCUUAAGCGGAUUUUUACAUGGACCUUUUUCACUAUUUAGUUUCUUUUAAAGACGUACCAAUUAAAGCAGGCUUUUGAACAAACCAAAUGCUUCAGAAUCAUGAGUUGUGUUUUAUAACAUUGACUACGCCAUGCAAAACCACAAGAAAGUUUUGUAUCAAAACAUUGUAUGAAUAGUCUCAGUUUUAGUGGUUAAAUUUCCUUCUUUUUUAUUUAGAUUUUUCUUCUUUUUCUUUUGUGGUUUAGGCAGUCGGUGCCCCGUGGAAAAAUCCACGGAUUCGUCAACCCUUUUUAUUACGGCAUUGCGUGCGUCUCCCUACCUCCGCUACCAUUUUGGUAGAAUAAAUUUAGGUAGAAUGUAUAACAAACAUAUUUCGUAUUUUAAACAAUCUUACCGUAUUUCCGAUAGCAAUUCCUCCUUCUUGCACUUGUAAAAUUCUAAUAAUUUUUUUUGUCUUUUUAUACCGUUUAUACAUCGUCAUGUUGACGUAUUCAUUUAUUUAUACUUGUAUACUUAUUUACGUUAGGAUUAAAGAAUUUUCCGUUUAAAUUUUCUCAAGUUAAGGAAGCUUUCAUAUUGCACUAGUUAAUCUCCACUUUUCAUGUAAGACACUCAAAACACUUGUUUCGCAGCCUUUAAGUUACUAUAUAUGUAUAUAUUUAUGGAAAAAUUGUACAAAGUUUAUAAAAAAUGAAAUUUUUUGAAGAUGUUUGAAAACUUAGAUGUUAAAAAA